AUGUCGCCUCUUCCGGAUUUUCUGCGUCCACUCAUUAUGUCGGGGCCCUCUGGAGUUGGAAAAAGCACACUUCUUCAGCGUCUCUUCGCAGAAUAUCCGGACAAGUUUGGCUUUAGUGUAUCGCACACAACCCGUGCACCUAGACCAGGCGAAGUAGAUGGCGAACAGUAUCACUUUGUUACGCGUGAAAAGUUCCUAGCGCUCAAACAGGAAGGCGCGUUCAUCGAAAGCGCCGAGUUCUCUGGCAAUUUCUACGGAACCAGCUUCCAGACUGUGAAAGAAGUGCAGGACAAAGGACGACGUUGCAUUCUUGAUAUAGAGGCGCAGGGUGUCCGUCAAAUCAAAACAACUGAUCUGAACCCCGUCUACUGUUUUAUAUCCCCUCCCAGCUUGACUGCUCUCAGAGAAAGGUUACAGGGGCGUGGUACUGAGACUGAAGCGUCCAUUCAGAAACGACUCGCUACUGCGUUGAAGGAAAUACAGUAUGCCAAAGAGCCCAAUGCUCACGAUUUGAUCAUUAUCAAUGAUGAUCUGAAUCGCGCAUAUCAGCUAUUUCAGCAGAUUGCACUUGGAGAGCAAGUCAGUGGUGACAAACUCCCUCCUUUAGACGAUUAG